AUGGCGGCCCGCCUCACGCUGGACCUGGCAGAGCCGCAGGUCCUCAUCGACUUCCCCGACGAUGCUGCGGGCCUGCGGUGGCAUCACCGCCUCCUUCUCAUCCAGACGCCCACGCCGGGCGUCUGGAUCGCCAGCACACCCGACUACUCGGUCCAGAGGCUGGACCUGAACGUGCAUCGUGUCGUCGCGCUGGCGCGCAACGGCCCCUUCCCUGCAGCUCAGUGGCAUGAGAGCUAUGUUUUCGACAACCCGAUCCCCGCGGUGGACCUCGCGCGGAUCAGGCAGCAGGCGGGCUCGCUCGCCCUCGUCCUCGGCCAGGUCGGCCCUGCGCCCGCGGCGCCACCAGGUGCGGCGGGGGUCUGGCGAGUCGCCGACCCGUCGCACCGCGCCUUCGGGGACGAUAUCCCCACCCAGGACUACCUCUGCGGGCUCGUGAUGAUCGGCGGCUGCUGGACCUUCUGCCAGCUCGUGGUCGACUCCGAUAAGGACGCCUGGGAGAGGGCUCUCAUCUCCGACCACCGCAAGGACGCGCGGGUCGCGGGCGACACCCGCGACCCGCUGACUGGCCAGCGCCUCUCCUCGUUCGUCGACUCCUUGGCCCUCCAGUACGCGGCUUCGGACCCACCGUUCCCCCUCGGCGGCCAGAGGGUCGCUCACGAGUACAUGCGGACGCUGCGCGCCACGGGCUUGGAGCGGGUCGCGCACCACCUGGACUUCGUCCACAAGUCGGGCAUCUCGCCCAACAGCAACAUCACGCGCGCACACCGUCGCCUGACCGACGCGCUGCACGCCUUCCAGCAGCAGGACAUGCUGAACCUGCCCAGCCUCGUGGGCAUCGAGGUCCUGGUGCGCUACCUCGUCCAGAUCGGGAUGGCGGUGGCCCGAAACCCUCGGAGCCCAGACUUCCAGGACCUCGACGCGGUCGUCGCCUCCACGGUCAACGAGUACGUCGGCCUCGUCUUGCCCGAGUACACGAAGUACAUCGCCCAGAUCCAGAAGGACGAGGCCUUCACUUUGAAGCAGCAGCGGCAGUGGUGCGAGGAGCAGAUCUCGCGUGCGAGGGGCCGCGGCUCGGCGACGCCGACGGGCGCGCUACCGCCCGGCACCUCGCGCGGCGUGCGGCGGCGGUGCAACCGGGCGAUCAUGGCUCUGAACGACCUGGGCGCGCCGCUGGCGGCUGCGCGGCGUCUCGCCUCGGCCUUGCCCGCGAACGCCGCCCAAGCAUCUGUUCUCCAGCGCGUUCAUCAGCGAGUGGCUGCCUUCGGCGAGCCGCUCGGCGAGGACGGUGAUGAUGCGCUUCACUCCAUUCUCAAGUCCAAGGACAUCUACAGCGCUCGGCCGACUCCCGUUCGCCCUUAUGAAGCGCAUCGUCUGAAGAUUCUCGACAGCGGCACACGGCCGCUUCCCAUCCGCUCGCUGGCCCCUGGCUCGCUGCUGCCGCUCAUCGACCACCCCGAGAGGUACAUCUACCGGUUGCAGGCGGUGCUGGACGCGAUGACCGAGACUGGCGAGCUGGCCCCCGUGUACCCGUUCUGGGACGUCAACCUGAGGCGCGAACCCAAGCUCCGGCUCGACCUCUUCAAGAAGCUCAUCCGCAUCGGACUGGUGGGCGUGCGGGCCCGCUGCCGCGCCCGCGCCAGCAUCUUCUUCGUGGGCAAGAAGGACGGGUCCCUGAGGAUGGUCAUCGAUGGCCAGGAGCCCUCUGCCAUGCACCGUCGGCCGCCGCGGACCGAACUCGGCUCCGCAGCCGCGCUCAGCGGCCUCUGCCUCGACGCCGACACGCUGGUGGGCUUCGACCUGGACUCCGUCUACGACGAGGUGAGCCGCUCCUACGUCCGCGUCGACCCUGACACAGUGGUCUACCCUUGCUUCCAGGGUCUCGCGAUGGGCUGGAGCUGGUCACUCUUCAUCUGCAAUGCCAUCACUGAGGACGUCACGAGGAUUGGCAUCGGCCAGGUCCUCUCGAUUCCCGCGGACGCCGCCAGGGUCGUCUCCGAGCGCGCCCCCUGUGCCCGUCUCGGACGUGGCGAGCUGGCGGGGGCCUCGUGCGUCGACAACGCCAACGGCGCGCCGAUCCACGUCCUUGGGGGCCGCGCGACCCUGCUGGGUCUCCGCCGGGCCACCCGGUCCGUUGCGGCCCAUGGCUGCCGCGUCCUGUCGAUAGGUGACAACCUCUCGUCCAUGAUGGCCUUCGAGAAGGGCAGGUGUGCCAAUCCUGUCCUGCGGCAGCUCGCCUGCCAGGCUGCCGCUCGGCAGCUCGCCACGGGCACCCAGCACUACCGCCGCUACUCGGAGAGCAAGCGGAACCCCACCGACCACGACUCCAGGGCCGCCGACCGAUUCGAGUUCGCGCCCGGCCAGACGCAGCGGGGCGCGGCUCGCGACCUCGGCGACUUCAUCAGCCUGCCGCCCACGCCGCAGGCGCCGCCUGCCGGCCCAGCCGCCGCUGUCGGGACCGGCGAGCUGCCCUGCCCCCCGGGGCCCCCCGCGGGCCAAGGCGCUGGGCCCCACCUGCUUGGCGGCCGGCCGCGCUCCCGCGCCAAGGCUCGGUGCAUCCUCGAGCUCUACGCCGGCUGCGCUCGGCUGACGGCCGCCUGCCUCGACGAGGGCCUCCAGGCUUGGAUCCCCGUCGACAUCUCGCGCGGUUCCUGGCGCGACCUGACCGACAAGAAUGUGAUUGGCGUGAUCCGCUCGCUGAUCGUUCGCCGGGAUGCGUGGCGCGCCCACCUCGGCACCCCUUGCACGCCUUUCAGCCAGGCCACCCCAGCGAGGAGCAGGGCAAAGCACUUGGCCUCGGGUGGCAGCUCGGUCUUCUUUACGCUGGACAUCCUUCGCCUGCGCGUUCGGUUCGGAGUUACAUGGUCAGUUGAGAAUCCUUCAGCGCCUCGUCUUUGGAAGUGUCCCGAGGUCAUCGCUUUCUUGGAACGCCACCGUUAUAAUUUCGUUCACAUGCAUUACUGCCACUACAAUUGCCGCUACCUGAAGCCCACAACCGUCGUCACAGAUCUGAAGCCUCUGCAAGCCCUCGAAGCCAGUUGUUCCCGUGAUCAUGUUCACGAGGUCCUUGAGGGCCUGGUUCGGCUCGGCCCAGGGAAGGGCGCCGCCUGGAAGACAAGUCUUGCUGGUCGAUAUCCGGAGGCGCUGGCUCGAAAGUGGGCCGGCAUCUUGCAAGCGUGCGCCCCUCGUGCCGCCCGGGUCGAUGGCCCUCGGCCCUGGCUGCCGAGCGGUGCCGCCAGCUCCGCUUCGGAGCGGGCCAGUGCCCGCCGCGGCCCCCAGCGCCAGCGGGUUCCAGCUGCGUCGGCGCGCCAGGCCUUGGCCGCGGCGCCGAUCGGCCGACCCCGAGCGCGGCGGCCGCGGACGACGAUCGGGGAGCAGCGCGCCGGGCACAACGACGUGGCCCGCGUGGACUUCCUCGCCAGGCGCCGCGUCAAGCCGCUGACCCAGCAGCACUACGCGAAGGCCGCGGCCGAGGUUCGGCGCUUCGCAGCCCCCCACCACUACCUGGUCCAGGCAGCCGCGCAGAGGGACAAGCUGAUGGUGGACUACCUGCAGCACAUCUUCCUGGCGGGCGACGGGAUCUUUGCGGCGCGCACGGCCCUCUACGGCUACGCCUUCGCGCGCCUGACGCUGAAGGGCUUCUCCAAGGCGGCCCCCGGCGAGCAGAGGGACCCCUGCCCUUGGGGGGCCGCGCGCUUGCGGCUCUCCGAGCUGCUGAGCAUCAAGAGCUGCGACGUCACCUGCCUCAGGCACUCCGCGGCGUCGGGCUACCCCCAGGUCUCGAUCACCCUGAUGCCGAGCUCGCCGCCCGACGCGCCGCCGUCGAUCACCGCGAAGUCGGGCGAGUACGACGACGCGGUUAUCUUCGGCGGCGGCGGGCCCGGCACCGCGCCCCGUCGCUGGGUGGCCAGGCUGCUUCGCGACCUGAAGGCAGCCGCACCCAGCACCAGGCCGCUCUUCCCGUUCGGGGUCAGGGAGUUCCAGCUGGCUUUCCGCCAGGCGGCUGACGCCGCCGGCUUGCAGAGGCUCAGGCUCUGCCCGCACGCCCUGCGCCAUGGCGGCGCCUCGUCAGACUUCGCCCUGAAGGCCCGAACCCUUGCAUCUUCUCAGCUUCAGUUGUGA